UGCCAUUUACUUCUAUUUGAAAUUGUGUUUAUCACGUUCUAAUUGGAUUUAUACCUGUACAUGUUUGCCAGAUAACAUCUGAUAUCUGAAGCUUAGAAGAUGUCUAGAAAAAGUGCAAGACUCCAAAAUCGACCAAAAACACAGGAUAACGAAAGUGUAGUGACCAAACCCAACAUCUGUAGGAAAAGGAAAGCUAUGGAGGACGAUGAUAGGGAUAUAGCUGUGAACAAACGGAGACAACAGUUUAGGAUUCAGAAUGAGCAUGACAAUGAGAAUCAGUGGAUUCCCAUCUCCGAGGAUUCGUCGGUGACAUCAUGCGCCAUCAUCCCCAGCACCACCAUCACACCCGAACCGGAAAUCACGCCGGCAAAAUUUAUCGGAACUCAGUUCCGGUUCCAGAACUAUUUUACACCAGUGUCUUCACGAUCAUCCCCACUCCCCAAGUUCACAUGGGCAGACUCAAAGGAGGUGUGGCAGUUGAUGCUGAAGAAGGAGGUUCUGUAUGUCAGGGAUCAGAACAUGUUUGACCGACAUCCAGCUCUGCAGCCAAGGAUGAAGGCUAUCCUCCUUGACUGGCUUGUUGAGGUGUGCGAGGUGUACAGGCUUCACCGUGAGACAUUCUACCUCGCCAUUGACUUCAUCGACCGCUACCUCUCCCAGAAGCGUAAUGUAAUGAAACACAACCUCCAGCUGUUGGGAAUCACAGCACUCUUCAUCGCUGCCAAGCUGGAGGAGAUCUACCCACCCAAACUGACGGAGUUCGCAUACGUAACGGAUGGUGCUUGUACAGAGGAGGAAAUCCUGGACCAGGAGUUGGUCAUGCUCAAGGCCCUGAACUGGGACCUGUCCCCCAUGACCUGCAACGCAUGGUUAUCUGUGUACCUCCAGGUUGCUAACAUGGAACAGAUCGUCAAGGCCGAGGAUGGCUUUGUCUUCCCACAGUUCUCAGGCCACGCCUUUGUCCAGAUUGCAAGGCUGUUGGACGUGUGCAUGCUGGACCUGGGAUGUUUACAGUUCACAUACAGCGUUCUUGCUGCGUCAGCACUCUAUCACAUGACCUCACAAGAUGUCGCUCUUGCUGUUUCAGGUUUGAGCUGGCAAGAUAUUUUGCCGUGUGUGCAGUGGAUGUCUCCGUUUGCUGUCACAGUCAGGGAGGAUGGCCCUGUUGAAAUCAAGUUCUUUCCUACUGUCCCGUCUGAAGACUGUCAUAAUAUCCAGAUUCACAACAUAGAUCUCACGUUACUGGAAAAAGCUCAAAGUCGACAGGAAGAGGUCAUGAACGCAGCUCGUAGAUCACCAGACAUAACAUCUCAAGUCAUCACGUUACUUACACCACCAAACAGUGAUGAGAAGCCAUUACCUCUCCACAAACAGGGAGACGUAGCAUGAAAUCAACUCCAUCUACAAAGUGCAUAAACUAAUGCUGUUUCCCUAACAGAGCGUAAACUAAUGCUGUUUCCCUAACAGCUAAUGUGAACCACAACUAACAAAGGUGUUAGUCCGAACUCACAGCUACGCCGACAUUGCCUCCUGCAAGUCGGCCAUCGUGGCAAACCGGUGUGAUUGACUGCCACUGUUUCCUCCGUGAUGAUAGCGCCAGAUUCUGUGAACGCCCCGAGAUGGGACAGUCCUAAAUUAUGGGGCACAUGCAAUUAUGGGUUCUCUGCAUCAUACAGAGAAUGAUGAUGCUGUUCAAGAUAUAGACUUGAUCGAGCAAAGGAUAUGAUGUGAACGAGUGUCAAAUGUGAAUGAACAAUGUUCAGUGUGAAAAUGAACGCAAUGAACCUUCAACUAGUCUCUGCCAGUAAAAACUGGUUCUGCCUGACUUCAGGCAUCGUGUGUUCAAAUCUACGCAAUUAACGGCUUGAACUAGUCAGAAGCAAGGGCAGUUUGAAUACUUGACAUUUCCAAUGUGUUCAUAAAUUUGACCAAAAAGAUAAUUUUCCAUUUUGACUUGCAAAAUGCAAUAGUGCUCAAUAUUUUUCUACUUCAAUGUUAUUUUUGUGUCAACGAAAAAAAUCAUUCAUCACCAUUCAAACCACUGCCAAGCAGCGUAGAUUCUGCAAUAUGUUUUCUUCAUGUGUGAUUAAAUGCAUACAACACCAAAUAGAGGGCUUAACUUAAAAACAAAGUUAUUUAUAUUUUUUUUUCUUCAACUAUUUAACUGCUUAGAUAGUGACUGUAUACUGAUGUGGUAAAGUAUUUAAGGUGGAUAUUAUUAUUAUACAUGAAUUAACUUAAUUUCACGAAUAGUUCAUGAUGAAUUAUUCCCUGUACAUAAUAGUACUGAUACUAUUGUAUAGUAAUGUGAAAAGGGUGAAAAAAAAUAUAAAAGUUUUUAUUGUUUUUUCCAAAAACAUUAGCUAUGAUAGCAUAGAAUGGGGUACCUUUCUGUGAAAGUAUUACAGAUAAAUGAUCUCAAUCAUUGUAAGAUGUGUUAAACAAAUUCUAAUGUCUUGGAUCUCAAAUUUCUUUACAAAUACAAGGUCUCUAUGGCAAAAUGAAAUUUAUUUUGCAAAUGCAAAUUAAUUUUGUUUAUGAAAAACUCUCCUUAGCCAAGUUAGAUUUUCUUUUUGCAUAAUUAUUAAAAGCAUGAGAUAUAACAUCCAUUGUCAUAACAUGUCACCUUUCUGUUGAUCAAAUUAAGAAAUUACUUUCUUUUAUUCAUGGAAAAAAGAUUAUUUUGUUUAUGGUCAACCCAUGUGAAGAUUUUACGUAACAGCAUAUUUGGGGUUGUCCAGUUUUAUGUGUAUAAGCUUACCGAAGCAUAAAGGCAAGUAUUUCUUCAGUGUUACAAACAUUUGUGUUGUACAUACUAGUUCCUUGUUAUUUUAGUUGCAGCCGAAAGGUGUUGUCUUUAUGAUAAGUCAUAAAUGCAUUUCUAGAAUGAAUUUAUAUGUUACUUAUUUUAAAUGACUUAUUUUAAAGAUUUCAACUGAGGGUGUAAGCUAUGUAAAUUUAUCAGAUGAAAUAAAAGUGAAUAAUUUAUA